GUGGAUAGCAUUCUUUGAUCCUAUUGGUCCAAGACCUCGCAUAAAUUCCGCGCCGCGCGCGCGGCGCGGCAGUAGAUAAUCGUGUGGUGGCGCCGAGACCGCUGUGGAUUCUGUUCACACGUGUUCCUCUUCUCUCCAUUUUAAUUUAGUAUAAAUUGAUAUAAUAAUAAAAAUGGUGUACGAUAAUAAACUUCAAGAACUAGCGCUUAAGCUGUUCAGUAUAGAUGCUGUGAAAUUUGGUGAAUUUAUGACGAAGAGCGGCAUAAAGACACCGGUGUACUUUGACUUGAGGGUUAUAGUCAGCUAUCCGGCCGUUAUGGACUUAAUAUCUACAUUGCUAUAUGAGUUCGCUGUAAAAGACAGUAAAUGCGAUCAUCUAUGUGGAGUGCCGUACACUGCAUUGCCGGUCGCGACCUUGCUGAGCGUUCAAGCCAAAAAGCCUAUGUUGAUGAGGAGAAAAGAAGCCAAGUCUUACGGUACCAAAAAAAUGAUAGAGGGGCAUUAUAAAGUUGGUCAAAAGUGCCUUAUCAUUGAAGAUGUGAUCACUUCUGGUUCCAGUGUGAUGGAAACUGUAAAAGAUCUGCGUAAUGAGGGUUUAGUAUCUGAUGAGGCAAUUGUGAUUCUCGAUAGAGAACAGGGAGGGAAAGAGAAUCUUGAAUCAAAUAAUGUCCAAGUUAAGUCUCUAUUUACAAUGUCUGGUUUGAUUGAGAUAUUGUUGGCAAAUGGAAAGAUCAAUCAAGAAAUGGCCACUAAAGUCCAUGAUUACCUGAAAGGUACUAAAGCUCCUUCAACAGUACAACCAGUAAACCGAAUGGCUCUUACAUAUGAGGAUAGAUCAGAGUUAGCCACCAGUCCCAUUGCGAAGCAGCUAUUCACCAUAAUGGCUUCUAAGAAAACCAAUUUAUGUUUGUCUGUUGACCUUACAUCCACAACGAAAAUCCUUGACCUGUUGGAAAAAGUUGGUGAACAUAUCUGCUUAGUGAAAACCCAUGUGGAUAUUAUAGAAGAUUUUUCAGAGGAUUUUAUAAGCAGUUUGAAACAAUUAGCAGCACGGCUUAACUUUUUAAUACUGGAGGACCGUAAAUUUGCUGAUAUUGGCAACACUGUUCUACAGCAAUAUUUAAAGGGUGUUUACAAGAUUGGAGAGUGGGCAGACUGUGUGACUGUUCAUUCCUUGCCUGGAGAGGGUAUUCUAAAGGCUCUUAAUGGAUCUACUAAUGGCGUCAGUAGAGGUGUUUUCUUGUUGGCGGAAAUGAGUUGUGAGGGAAAUCUAAUAACACCAGAGUACUCAGUAGCUACAGUCAAAAUGGCUGAAAAGUAUCCAGACUUGAUCACAGGGUUUGUUUGCCAAAAGAAGGAUACAUUCUCCAACCCUGGCUUGAUCCAGUUGACUCCCGGUGUCCAGCUGGAGAACUCUAAGGAUGACCUGGGGCAGAUCUACAAUACCCCUGAAAAGGUAGUUGUGGAAAAUGGGGGGGAUGUUAUGGUGGUGGGGAGGGGAAUAGUCGCUGCUAAAAGCCCAGAAAUUCAAGCCGUCAUCUAUAAGGAUGCUCUUUGGAAAUGUUACUUGAAAAGAGUUUCUGGAAAAAUGGAAUAAGAGGAUCGUCUAGAUAUUCAUUUAUCAUAAAGGUUCAUCAAGAAUUAGAUUAAUUGCACAGUAUCAUUCCUAAAAGAGUACAAAGUUUAUUAGAUCUAAAAUAAUAUGAAUAAUUAGUACUAUUUUGCAGUUUAAGUUGUGCAUUUUCGUAGUGUUUUACUUGCAAGUAUGUAAUUGUAUUAUCUUGAGUAUUGAAAGUUAGUGUGCAGUUGUUACAAAGUUUAUAUCAUGUUAUGUAUAAUAGAAAAUAAUUGUAAAUGUAAGCAAAAUGGUAACUAUGAUUGUAUAGUUAAUUUUUAUUCUAAGAGACCAAUACCACUGUGAUACAAUAAUGUUUGGGUGCUAUUUGUACCAAAUCCAACUAAUAAAAAAUAUAAAAUUUG